UUAAGAUGUGGAGAGCACAUGACAGCCAUGUGAUGCGAGGGGCUUAUAAGAGGCGCGCCACGCAACGAGACCGCCGCUGUUGCUGCUACAUCGCUCGCUGCAAAGGGACUUUUGCCAGGGAAUAGUAAAUACUGUCGAAACGGCAAAUGUGAAGAGAAUGCAACUCAAAGUUAAGGGAAUUAAAUUAGAUAGCUGUUAACAUACCGUGCUGCACAUUUUGUUAUCGUUAUUGUUGUUUUUGUUGCACAGUCCGUGCGGUAAGGGUUAAUUAUCCAAAAAGCGCAUUUUUGCUCCGGGGUGGAGGUGAAGUUGGUUGUGCACAAAGCAAAGGAGGGGAACACAUGGCUUCCCCGAGGCUGGAAACCUUCUGCUGCCCCAACCGCGACCCGGCCACAUCGGCGAUGCUGUUCUUCACGCCGCUUGGCUUCAACGCCGUGUGCCUGACGAGCGCCGCCGUCAGCCUCGUGGGCUCCCUCAUGCAGCUGCUGCCCAGGGUCCACAAGGCGCGUGGUGGCGGGGGCGGCCGGGGUGGCCCCCCACCGCCGCGAGAGGAGCUCAGCCCCGGCGCGUACCGAGAUACCGGGGGUGCGGGUGGCCCCCACGCGUCGCCCCACGUGUCCGCCGCCCGCACCACGCGCCUCUCCGCCUCCACGCACAUCGUGCGCAUGCUGGCCCUGUGCGACACCAUGGGCUGCCUCGGCGUCAUUGUCCGUUCAUCCGUGUGGGUGUCCUCGCCAUCAUUCGUCGCUGGGAUGUCCACAGUGAAUGCCACUUACGUGUGGCCCAGCGUCUUCUGUGCUUCCACCGCAAUUUGGAUACAGCUAUUUUAUUCAGCCAACUUCCUCUGGGCUUUUUGCUUUGCUGCUGAUGCCUAUUUGGUAGCAAAGAGAGCUGCAGGUUCCAGCACUAUGACCCUGUACCAUAUUAUUGCCUGGGGUCUCGCCUGCCUGCUGUGUGUGGAAGGGGUGCUCACUCUCUACUACCCGAGCCUCUUCAUGUGCGAACAGAGCAUAGAGCAUGCCAUACCUCACUACAUCUGCACCUACAUUCCAAUGUUCAUGGGUUUUUUUGUCAACCCUAUCCUCUUCUCCCGGACAGUGACUACAGUCUCAUCAUUACUGAAAGGAAGACAUGGCAUUUACACUGAAAAUGAGCGGAGGCUGGAGUGUCAACUGCGAACUCACUUCUUUAAAAUAAUGCUGGUCUUUUUCAUCUGCUGGAUUCCGAACAUUAUAAAUGAAGCACUGCUGUUUGUGCAGGAACUCUCGCUUGGUCUCGGUGAGAAGGCCAACAGAGACAUAAAAAAUACUGUCUUCAUCACAUGGUACAUGAUGGGCAUCCUAAACCCUUUGCAAGGCUUCCUCAACUCGCUGGCGUACCAGGGCUGGAAGGGCUGUGGGUUCCGCGGGCCGCGGGCCGCCUCGCGCACCCCGUCAUGGGGCUCGGUGACGGGUGACACGGGCGCCGAUGACAAUUGGAUCGGCAGCCCCGCAUCCUCGCCCAACGGCUACGGGCAGAUGAGCCGGGAGUCGAGCGGCGAGGACGGCAUCGGCAAGGAGGAGACGCCGAGCGGCUCCCAAACGUUAGACACCCUGGGCAGCCUCAGCUGCAAAGGCUCGGAGGACAGCCUCAUAGAGCUGGAUGCCGAAACUGUGCACUUCGAGGGCACUGCAGACCCGCAAGAUGGUUACGACAAUGGUGUCUCGGAGGCCAGCGGGACACCUACAUGGGGAGCAUCCAUUUCUAGCUCGCAUUAAAACGUUGAGGGGUGCGGGAGGAGGGUGCAUUCGUUUUGUCACAAUAGUAUGCGAAUAACGAAUUGGUGCCUAUGUGUUCACUUUGUUUCCUUUUAAUGUUGGAAUGCCAGUGAAUAAUAACUAGUAUAAGUUUCUAUUAUUUUUCAUCAGCUUGGUGUCGGUGAAGCACGCCUGUAAUGUAACCCAGCACUGUGAAGGUGAGGGUUGGUCGAUCGCACAAAUGUUGUGAAACUCACUUCCCGUAGGUGUGGAGGUGCCAUACUCUGGCUCGCUAGGGGACGGUAUUACAGCAAGUGGACUAAUCACCAUCUAUGAAAGAUAAGAAUAUAUUUUACCAUUUCUGGAAAUAAAACAGGUGUUAAGAUGUUCUCACACCAAAUAGAUACAUUUUUCAAGGAAUAAAGUCUGUAUUAACCACAUACUUGUGGUGAACAUGCAAACAAACAUGUCUUUGAAACUGAUUGGCCUACACGAGAGACAGCCUUCUUUAUGGCCUAGUCUCACCAGUGUCAGACCAGAGAACGCCAAAAGUGCGAACAGUACAAGGACAAUGCACGUAUCAGAGCAUUUAUAGCUCGGGUUGAGCAAUUCUAUCUAUGGGGCCUUUUAUGAAUGUUUGUGCACUGGGAGGAAUCCAGAGCAGUUUCAAAGACAAUGCAUAUAAUUAUCAGAGGGUGUUUGUUUGCAUGUUGACCACAAGUACGUGUGGUUAAUGCAGUACUUGAUUACUUUCAAAAGGUAUCUUUUUGGUGUUUGCACAUCUUAACACCUGUUUUAUUGCCAGAAAGGGUAAAACCUAUUCUUAUUUUUCAUACUUUGACACUGGAAAAAAAAGUUCCAUGAUAAUCACUAUCUGUUUCCCACUGUCCAGGGAUAGAGCGUCCCCCCCCCUCAUGUUGCUUGGGGUGCUCUAGAUUCGUCCCACGUGAACACACAUUAAUACAUGAGAUGGAAACAUCGUAAAAUAAAAACAAUGCAGAAUCCUCCUCAAAAAGAGUCCUACGACUCAACGUGGCUCUCCUGGAUAAAUUCUAAAUAAAAAUCAGCACCUCCGAUUAGCACGGUAGGCUAUGUACAGUGCAUACUUAAGGGAUGCUAUCAAUUGCUCUGGCACACUACAUUUUUUUAGUAAAAAUCAGGUGGUGGGUUCUCACAAUAGAGGCCAUGUAGGCUGUCUCCAGUAACUUUAUAUCUUACGGGGGGGGGGGCGAGGUGGUCUCACACAUUUAAGUUUUUGUUGGACUAACUUGUCAAAACAUGAAACAUUACGUGUGUCUUUUUAUGCAGUGUUGAUACAACAUGCAUGUAUUUUUAUGCAGUACAAAUAUAGUUCCUAUUUAGAUUUUAUUAUAUUACGAUAUACAAUUCUAUGAGGAAUUUAUUUUUAAACGUACCAUUUCGAAAUACAGAAUUUCCCUUAUCUGUGAUCCUAUUAUCCACGACAGCGGCAGGGUGCGCAAAAUAUGUGAGGACUCUUCCUAUAAUUCACGAUUAUUCACCAAUUUUUCAUGGAUAAGAGAAUACCGUGCAGCAUAUUACAUCCGUUGGUUAUCCUCAACAUUUUUCUGCUGUCCUUUCAUGCACCUCCGAUUAGCACGGCUGGCUAUGUACAGUGUGAAAGAAUCUACAUUAUUAGACCUCCUUUGCCAGUACCAAAAUAUAAUAAUAGGGUUUUUCCCCUUUUCUGGCAACAAAACUGAAACCUUUUUACAAGGAUUCAUGUCUGCAUUAACCACAAUACUUGCAGUCAAAAUGCAAACAAAAACACACUGAUAUUGGUGUGGACCAAUCAGUUUCAAGGACAAUGCAUAUAUUAUCAUAGUGUGUUUUUGUUUGAAUUUUUACUGCAAGUAUUGUGGUUAAUGCAGACGUGAAUCCUUGUAAAAAGGUUUCAGUUUUGUUGCCAGAAAAAAGGAGAAAAUCCCUAUUAUUAUUAGUGUGAAAGAAGUUCAACAUACGCACUGUGAAAAAGCUGCCCGUGCACUUGCUUUGAUCACGAGAAAGCAGACACAUACACGGAGAUGGACAAGGAGAUACAGGAACUCCUCUACUUACGAACAUUUGAUUUAUUAACUUGCAGAGAUACGAACAAACCUGUUCGUAUGUCUAGUUGUCUGUUCGGACCGAGAGUGGCAAGUUCAACCGCUACGCAAUAGAUGGCAGUGAAGAACCAGUGGCAUCUACAUCUACAGUAGUAUAUUCAACUUUUAAAGCCAUCCCCCGUGUUUAGUGCACAUGUCAUACAUCACAUUUGGAAUCGACAGGAGUAAAGUUGGAUUUAAGAACAAAUCGACUUACGAACAUACCUCUGGAACCUAACUCGUACGUAAGUAGAGGAGUCCUUGUACACUCAAAACGUGUUUAAACUUGUGUGCAAAUACGUUGUGCUUCAAAGAGCCCCCUGCUAUGCUUUAGAGUCGCAAGGCAAAAUCGCGAUAUUGGUCGCCCCCCCCCCCCCGCCAUAUCACCGCGAAUAAGAGUUCUACGGCGUACACGAUCUGUAUUUUUAUAUUUUAGUAAAUCGGGAACACACUUCGUGUUCAAACAUGCAAAACGCGGAUUUAUCAUAAACAACAUUCGUACACAAGCUAUUAGAUAAACAGUUGCAAGUUUAAACUGUGCAAAGGAAUAAGCAAAUGAAAAUAUCCGGAUGUUUGAAUUGUUUUGUUAGAAUUGCAGGCAUGUAUUUUUUUGUAGUGUUACUUUUGGAACCCAUGCUUUUUUCUUUUUCUCCAGCUAUCGUCCUUAGUCAUUCAUGUUCUCUGUUGACAGCUCAGUAAAAACUGUGCUUUAAAAUGCAACUGUUUGUGUUUGCUACCUCCAUUCAGUCUUUACAACAAUAAUAUAAGCAUGUUUGUGACGAUAAAAGCUGAACUUCACAUAACGUGUUUGUUCACUCGUUUUUAUUUUAGGUACCUUUUAUGUUUAUGAGCAUCUGAAUAAGCUAUGUAGUUAAUUAAGGCCAUACAAUUUUUCUUCAUUUCCUCGUGCUACUCACCUGGCACGACCUGCUCACCUGCCACCAUCCAGUCAUCU